AUGGCUCCCAAGAAGGCCGACCAGCCUAAGAAGAAGAAGACCACCGUUGAUGAUAAGACCUUUGGCAUGAAAAACAAAAAAGGUGGUGCCGCCAAGAAACAGAUUCAACAGCUUCAAGCGCAAUCCGUUUCCAACAAGACUCCCGAUGACAAGCGGAAAGCCGCUGAGAAACUUCAACUCGCAGCCGAGAAAAAGGCCGCCGAGGAUGCCAAGAGGGAGGCAGCAGACCUAUUCAAGCCCAUCCAGGCCCAAAAAGUGCCCUUCGGUGUCGAUCCGAAAACUGUGCUGUGUCUCUUCCACAAGAAGGGUGGUUGUGAGAAGGGCCGCAAGUGCAAGUUCAGUCACGAUCUGAACAUCGAGCGCAAGGCUGCCAAGAAGGAUCUGUACACCGAUUCGCGUGAUAAUGAGGGUGAGGGCGAGGGAGAAGAUGAGGAAGGAGGAGGCAAGAAGGCCGACAAGAUGGAAGAUUGGGACGAGGAGAAGUUGCGCAGUGUUGUGCUCAGCAAGCACGGAAACCCCCGUACGACCACCGACAAGGUCUGCAAAUACUUUAUCGAGGCCGUUGAGAACCAGAAGUACGGUUGGUUCUGGACUUGUCCGAAUGGAGGUAAUAAGUGCAUGUACAAGCACAGCUUGCCGCCAGGAUUCGUUCUGAAGACUAAGGAGCAGAAGGCGGCUGAGAAGGCAUUGAUGGAUAAGUCGCCACUUGCUACUCUCACCCUGGAGGACUGGCUCGAGUCUGAGCGUCAUAGGUUGACCGGUACUCUCACACCUGUCACCCCGGAGACAUUCGCCAAGUGGAAGAAGGAACGUAUCGACAAGAAAACAGCCGAGUCAGAUGCCCAGAGGGCCAAGGAAGCCACUGGCCGUGCCAUGUUCGAGGAUGGCGCCUGGAAGGAGGAGGAUGAGAGCAGCGACGAGGAGGAUGAGUUUGCUGAUCUGGUGGAGCAGAUGAAGCAAACCCAGCUAGAAAAGGAGAGGCAAGAUGCGGAAGAGUUCCUCGAGAGAACUGGCCAGGAGCUUCCCCCCGGUGAUGGACGGAGAUGCGCUCGCCCAGAAGGCCGAGGCCGAGGCUGCGGCUGCGGAUUGAUUACAUUCUUCUUCUCACGAGACUACUAUCAUGGGUCUCUAGGCUCUCUUUCCGGCUGGAUCUCGGAAAAUUCGACUUUUGUCAGUCCGGUUCGUUCUUCACAGGCUCAGAUCUGGGUGGCAAGUUGA